AUGGCCACGUCGGAACAUUUACAAUCAGCGAAUUUUGUUAAAUCGGUGCACCAAAAAUUGCGAAGUGAUGCGAAAAUCAUGGGGGCUGGUAACGCAUGGCGUAGGCAUUGUGAAAAUGGGGAGAAUCUUGCGAAAUAUGCCUCUGCCAUGCAAAAUUUGGCUACGAAUCAUUGGGAGAAAACUACAAACUCUAGGGCUGUGUCAAGAGUCGAGUGGGUGCAUAGUUUUUGCCUCAAAUAUUUUCACGAAGAAAUAUUCAAACAGAGACAACGUGAGGUUGAAAUUGCAACGAAACUUAACCUAAAAGUGCCUGAUCUUGUGUUAGGUGUUAAAAACCAAUACGAGUUAUUGGAUGUGGGGAGUUGUUUCAACCCCUUUGCGAAAUAUCAGUGUUUCAGUGUCACCCCCAUAGACAUAGCCCCUGCCACUAGUGAUGUGUUAAAGUGCGAUUUUUUAAAUGUGGACCUAACUUCAAAUCAGUAUAACCUUCAAAAAAAUUCGUUUGAUGUGGUUGUCUUUAGUCUUUUGCUUGAAUAUUUGCCUUCACCGGAUCAGCGACACACUUGUUGCGAAAAAGCCUACAAUUUAUUAAGACCAGAAGGCAUUUUACUUAUUAUAACCCCCGAUUCUAAACAUGUGGGAGCCAAUGCAAAAAUAAUGAAAUCUUGGCGUUUUAUUUUAGCCAAAAUGGGUUUUUCACGCAUCAAAUACGAAAAACUAGCCUAUUUGCAUUGCAUGGCGUUCAGGAAAAGUAUCAAGAGUGAAAUCGCGCAACGUUGGGCCCUUUUACAAAUUGAGAAACCUUUUUACGAGGAAAUUGUUAUCCCGCAAGAUUUUAACAAAAUUGAAACACCCACGGGUGUGGUUUGUGACAGUGGUGAUAAUUGUGAAGUGUCUUUGUUCGAGGAAUUGCCCCAAAGUUUUGAAUAAAUUUUGUUUUUUUCUUU